ACGGCACCAUUCGUCGAGUCACAGGCUACGAGUACGCUUCACAACAGGUCAUCUCCUAUUCUUCUUUACGUUGCGAGACUCCAGCAGUCACUCUCCUGUAAUAGUGUGGAUCAGGACUAUCCUGUCGUUCCGUGGAUUCUAUCCGUAUCUCCCGGACCAGAACUUGCUGCUGUUCCCUGGACAAGCCAGUCACCUCACUUGUUUUGGCUACCAUUGUGGACGAAAAAGUACAGCCAUUUUCCAGAGACUCGGUUGGCUGUUUGACACUGCCCUAGUUGUCACGUUCGGAAUGUCUUCCUCAAGGAACACGUCAGAAGCAGAAGGCCACCAAGGGAUGACGGGAGCUCAACUACCCAGCUACACGAUGCAGUAUUUUCCGCCGUUGUACUCACAACGUCCAAAGAUGCCUACUGUACAGGCAUUCGAUGGGACACAUCAACAGGCACAGACAGGGCUGCAAGCUGCAGAGACAUAUGUCGGUCCGGUACAGCCUGAUCCCAACAAUAGCUUAACUCAGCCUAUUGCAAACCAACCGCAGCCUGUUGGUCAGCAGCACAGCCUUAUUGGACAACCUAUCAACACUGGUGGCUUCAGUAGUAUUGUGGGGCUUAGACCAUCAUUAGUGGAGUCAACACUGGGUCUCCCACCACAGCCUCAACCAACCAUUGGUCUUAUGUCAUCACCAGCACAAUUUGCGACUCCCUACAGCCAGCAAAUGAGUCACCACUUCCAUGCCACUGCUAGCAGCUAUCUGCCGAGUAGUGUCCCAGCAAUGCACGGCAGUAUGGCCAGCUCUAACCAUCCUGCGGAAAUGCACGCCGGCUUUCCACAGACCCCACUGAACCAUCUAGCACAAGGCGUCGAGUAUCAACCGGACAACCCCUCUGCCCCUCCACUGUUUGGCGGACAUCCCAGAAAUCUGUGCGAAUGGCGUGUAAACAACGGUCUACAAUUGUGUGGGUUGGCUUUCUAUAGUGUCACCGAACUAGCGCAGCACAUAAGCAACGUUCAUCUCCAGCAACAGGACACUACCGAACAGGACGAUGGCAACGUUCACAUCUGCCACUGGGACCAGUGUUCACGCAAGAAAGGAUUUAAAGCCAAGUACAAGCUUGUCAACCAUAUACGAGUUCAUACAGGUGAAAAACCCUUUGUCUGCAAGCAUCAAGACUGCACAGGCAAAGCAUUCGCAAGAUCCGAAAACCUGAAGAUACACUACAGAGUCCACACAAAGGAAAAGCCGUUUGCCUGCACCUUCCCGGACUGUAAGAGAAGAUUCGCAAAUUCCUCGGAUCGAAAGAAGCACAUGCACGUGCACACGAAUGAUAAACCCUACCAAUGCAGGGCAGCAGGAUGUACGAAGAGAUAUACACACCCGAGCUCGCUUAGAAAGCACACCAAGCAGCAUGAUGCUCGAAAUGCAGCCAAUGGCGGUAAUGCUCUUUCCUACCGUACCACGGACACCAGCGCAGAGAACAGUGACUUGCCGUCUGCGGAUGGUUCUAUUGCUGCGGACGGAGAAAGUGAUCAUGGCAGUUCGAUUUCAUCCGAUGAGGUACUUGAAGACCAGCACAACCACCAUCAACAACAACAGGAAGAACAGCAGCAGCAGCAUCAACACCAACAUCAACAACAAGGUUUUUCACUUGUGACUUGCACGGACCAGUGUCAGCCUGCACAGCCGCAACACUUACCGCUGGGAACGUCCGCAAGCAUGCUGACUGUGAAUUCAGCAUCCACGUCAUCUUUGCCUCAGUUACCUUAUCAUUUGCCCUCUGCCCCGGCUACUGCUAGUAGUGAUUUGGUCAACAGUGCACGGCCAACACCACCUGGACAGCCGUCUGAUAGCUAUGCGGGGUUCAGUGAAGUAUGCCAUGACAAUGCCGGAAAGGGUGACCUAGUAGUGGCAAGCCUAGGCAGUAGAGCAACAAGAAAUGAUCCCUUGCCUACAUGUUCCAUACAGACAUUCCCACAGCCGCCGCCACCACAGCCAGAAGCAACAGCAGCAACAGAAGCAGCAGCUGUGCCAGCACCUGUGCCAGAACUGACUCAAAACAGACAGCUUGUUCAGCAGCAACAAACUCACUUCCAAUACCCGGCAGCACGUCAGCAGUUGCAGCAACAACCUCAUCAUCAACAUCCAGAACAGCAGCUCAAGAAGCAGAAUCAUCAGCAGCAGCAUCAGCAGCACCAGGCAUCACAUGACCAAUGUCAGCAGUCGCAAAUCUAUCUAACUCACCACCAUCAGCUGCCGACGCCCACACACACACAGCUAUCGCUGGUGGCUCACACACCGCAGCACCAGUCAUCACCUGUGUCUCAGACGCAUAACCAUCAGGCACAGAAGCACUCUCUCCCAUCGCCGAUGCAGCUGCACCAGCAGCAUUUUGCACAGCAUUCGGCAACUGCUCAGCCAACACUAUUUCAUGCAGGACAAUUGCUGCACCCCGUACUGCCCUCGCAGGUCGCUCACUCUCUGUCAGCACGAAGACACCUCCCAAAAAGGCAAUACUAAGCAAACAAACAUUACACGGCUUGAAAACACUGUUCUCCUGAGCUGGACAACUGCCUUUUCAAAAUGGCGCUGCAGCCAGCUUCGUGAAUGGAUGUGUUAAACACUGUCAAUAAGGUUUUUAAGGCACAUCAUCACUUUCAACCAAACAAUUUCGUAAUUAUUAUCAAAACUCCUAAGUUUUACGGAGUUAACAAUUUUUUAUCAUAAUUACCUUAUUCAAAAAAGAGGUAUGAAGUGUACAGAUGCAAGUUCAAUACUCGCUUUUGUGAUAUUGAAUUAUCGUAUCAACGCUGUCCAACGCUGAAUGUAAUAAGGUUAUUUCAUUAGAGAUGGAGCUGGGUUAUUGCUUAUUCGGCUGUGGAACUAGUCAAUCAGACGACUGCUACAUUUGUAGAAGUUCCUUUUUCAAAUGUCUUGUCAAUUUCAUUUUCCGCAUGUUGUCUUCACUAACAUUACCCAUGAUGCUGGCUACAGAUAUAGCGUCAGUAGAAUUGCAGCUCAACAUCCUAAUCCGCACUGCCUUCAGUCUUGUUUCUACCCACUCACUGUCAGGAUCGGGUAUUUCCCCUCCAAUUAGUAACCAUAGUACCCGUUUCUUUUUAGUUCACUUUUUCGGCUGAUCUGCUCAUCCCGCAGAAAUGUGUCAAUACUAAUGCUGGCCUAACAGAUUCUACAAGGCUGCUGAAGAAAGUCUUGUCUUAUUCGCUGAGUCUUCCACACUCAUAUCGUAUCUGUUUUCAA